GGCAGUAGUUGUGUGCCGAGAAGUUCAGCCAAUUGUUCCACUGCCGAGAGCUCUCCAUUGAACUGUACAGGGAGCAGCCUGAGAACAGUCUUUCUGCACAGACAAGUUCAUCCUGGCCACACAGCUUGCUUAGCUCUCUGCCUAUAGUGUGCUCUGCAGAGCUGUACUGCAUUCAGUCAGAAUCAAUCAAGGUUCAACUGUAAAAAGCUUAGAAAAUGUCACGGAGAAAAGACUUAGAAAAAUACAGAGACUUGGAUGAGGAUGAAAUAUUGAACAAACUUACAGACGAAGAGCUGACAGCCUUGGAGGGGGAACUGGAAGAACUGGAUCCUGAUAAUGAGCUAUUACCUGCAGGACUAAGGCAAAGAGAUCAGACCAAAAAAAUGGCAACAGGGCCUUUUCAAAGAGACGCCCUUUUGGAUCAUUUAGAGAAACAAGCCAAGGAAAUUAAGGACAAAGAAGACUUGGUGCCCUACACUGGAGAAAAAAGAGGAAAGCCAUGGAUACCCAAAAAGACUGUUGUUGAUCCUGUGUUAGAAAACGUAACUUUGGAACCAGAACUUGAAGAAGCUUUGGCCAAUGCCUCUGAUGCUGAACUGUGUGACAUUGCAGCUAUUCUUGGAAUGCACACACUGAUGAGUAACCAGCAGUACUAUGAAGCCCUUGCAAGUAGCAAUAUUGUCAAUAAAGAAGGUUUAAACAGUGUAAUCAAACCAACACAGUACAAACCAGUUCCAGAUGAAGAGCCUAAUUCAACUGAUGUGGAAGAUACUUUGGAACGAAUAAAGAACAAUGACCCAGAUCUUGAAGAUGUCAACCUCAACAAUAUUAGGAACAUCCCUAUACUAACAUUAAAGGAUUACGCUGAAGCAAUGAAAACCAACACUCAUGUACAGAAACUGAGCAUAGUUGGGACAAGAAGCAAUGACCCAGUUGCUUAUGCUUUGGCAGACAUGCUGAAGGUCAACAGCACAUUGAAGAGUUUAAAUGUGGAGUCCAAUUUCAUCAGUGGAUCAGGCAUAUUGUCUAUUAUUGAAUCACUCCAGUACAAUACGUCACUGGUAGAGCUGAAAAUAGACAACCAGAGCCAGCCUCUAGGCAACAAAGCAGAAAUGGAUAUUGCAAGUAUGUUGGAAAAAAACUCGACCCUUUUGAAGUUUGGCUAUCAUUUUACUCAACAAGGACCCAGACUUCGAGCUUCGAAUGCCAUGAUGAACAAUAAUGAUCUUGCUCGUAUGCAUAGAACUGAUGGGCCGUGGCACAACUUUUCAGCUCUGGACCUGGAGGAUGUAUAAUGAGGAAGAGGAGGCUGGCUGAUUUGGAUGGGCCAAUCUAUCCCAAAUGCCGAAGCGGGGUGUAGAGCCAAGAUGGAAACUGCACCAUAUCGCAGGGCCACUUCCAACGAAUCUUUGUGCCAGAGUGGAAUUUGCUGAGAAGAGUUAGAGCACAAACAAUGAGAUGUACCUUCUGUUACACUCAAGAUGUUAGAUAUGCAUAAAUGGAUCACUGCAAUACCAUUUACAACUCAAGCAACCAGAUUUUAAAUUCCUGUGUUUUUUAGUCAAUUACUUUGUUUGUGACCUACACAUUUUUGCAGGCAUCUUGCAGAUGAUCAAUCCACAGGUUCUUCUUUUGAUCACAAACAUAAAAGACAGCCCCUUAAUGUGGAACAGAACACAGCAAUGCUUAGCGGAGGGUGGUUGGUGGUGAUGAUAUAUAUCAUGUGGUGCUAAGGUGUCAAUGUGUGGUGACGUAAUUGCUGCAGCCAACUAAACCUGAGAGGUAAAAAUCAUAUAUAUUCUAUAAAGAACCUUAUUAUUUCUUUUGUUAAUGUCAAAGCUAGUAGUGGAAUGCAUUUAUAACUGUUUGAAUAUGAAAACGUCUAAUUUCACCCAAAAAGUGGUCUUUCAUGUUUUUUCAGCUUGUAGUAUUUUACAUUUACCAAGGAUGUCUCCCCUACAAUGAAUAACAUUGUACUCACAUCUAUUUUUUUUUUUACUGGUCCUUGAUUCUCCACAAAUAAGUAAAAUAGAAUUUGCAAUGGCAGGGUAAAAAAUGGCAAGAGUCAGCAAAAGGAAAAAUAGUGCAUGCACUUUAAAGCAGUCUUUUAUAUUGGUCUUUGGCUUAAACCUCAUCCCAGUAUUACCAAUUGCACAUGAGCCAGAUACUACAGGGUUAUGAGGAUAAACAAAAACAGUGAUAAACAGGUUUUUCACUUUAAUAAAUGCAGCUUCUACUCCUUGGUUAGCAACUCGUCCCUUUAAUAUUGAUAGUGCUGAGUGAAAUUUUUCGGCAAGCAUGGAUUUACGGCAAAUUUACACGUUUCGCCAGGGCCUAUUUUAAAUCCCAGUCUGGGUCUGAGCAGGAUGGCAAAUGUCUGGUUGCUAUGAACUAUUACACAGAAGAAAAUUUCACCUAUAUCAGUAAAUGUGCCCAAGGGGAAGUAAUCCUCAAUGUUGAGAGAUUUGAGCUUCAAAGCUUCAAAGUGACACAAUUCUUUCACUGAUGUUUAAAUGCAAUUUUAGCAGAAUAAAAUAAGUAUCAUAGUCAGAAAUCUGUUAAUGGGCCACACAGUCUGAGAGAUUCCUGGUUGAAUUUAUAAUGUUAGGUGUAUGCACCCCGCUACACAGUAAUUUGGCUCAUCGUGCAAGCAUGUUAAAGCUUAUUAGCCAAUAAAAAAGGGAAAACUUAUAGCUGAUUAAGCUGAUGAGCCUUGUUUUCCAAAUUGCAGAAAAUGUGCACAAAUUCCUGAAGUCACUCACAUUUUCUUCACAUAAUUGAUUCCAAAUAGGAUUUAAAAAACAAAACAAAAAACUAGUGUCUUUAUUUUCACCACAAGCGUGUUUUUGCCCAAAAUAAUUGGCUUGUUCCUAAAACCUGCCAAGCUUCUUAUUUUUGGCAAAAAUCUGCAUAAAAAAAGACAGUCAGAGGCUCAUCUGUCCAUAAAUCUGCCAAAUAAUAUGUGAGUUUAGAGCUUAAUACAUAAAAACUCACCCAUGUUGUAAUCAUUCCUAUGGGAUUUUUAGAAGCAUAUUUAUCUAUGGGUGAAAUUUAGAAUUCGUUAAUUGCUAAAUUUGCUCCCAUUGGAAUGAAUAGAACGUGGGUGAGUUUUUAUGUAUUAAGCUCUAAACGCACAUUUUAAUAUAUUUGCCCCUAAGAGGGUGUAAUAGGUUAACAUCUAAAUUUAAAAAAUAGGGGCUUGGCAUCCCUGCACUUGAGUGAUCUAAUCAACAAUUAGAUCAAUAUGGCCAUCUAUAUGUGCAUGACCAACUCAUACUGUAAUAUCUGGCCAAAUGUCCAACAGGACAUACAAUCCAUCUAUUGUGGCAAAUGCAAUCCUUGACUUGUAAUAACAGAUUUAAAUACCUGCGUGCAAAAAUACACUUUAGAAAGGAAUAUUACAUUUAUGUGUGCAGCACACUUGCUAUGUAUGUACAAUCAGUUAAGGCAUACACUGUACCUUGUACUUCAGCUGCUACGCACCUAUUUCUACAUGAGAUGUUUGAGUGAUAAGAUCCAUUAUUAUUGUGUUUACAUGAAAUACUACAUUGAGCAAAAUAUCUAAUAAAAUAUGUAAUUUUUAAAUCUA